ACGGAGCUGCAGCGCUCCCUAUGGGCGGUCGGUGCCGCAUCCCGGCAUGGAGGAGGACGAAGGGGCUGCGGGCAGCGCGGAGCAGCGGCCAUCCCUUCGGCUGGGGCCCGGAGCCGAGCGCUCCCCCAGCCCCAGCCGGUUGGACGUGAGCUCCAGCCGCUUCGACCCUCUGCUGGCGCUGUACUCCGCUCACACCCCGCUCCCCUUCCCCUCCGCUCCCUGCUUUAACAACCUCGCCGAGUACGAGAGCUUCCAGCGCGGCCUGCUCCGCCCUCGCGGUCGCCGUGGUUCCUCCAUCCGCCGCGGUGCCUCCGUGGGUCGCAGCGCUCGCCGGGCUCCUCCUGCCGCAGACCCCGAGCGCAUCCAGCGGCUCCGCAGCCUCAUGGUGAAUGCGGGCAGCGAGCAGGAUGAGGCGGGCAGAGGCACGGCACGGCGAAGGAGGGCACCGAGAAACGUCCUCACCAGGAUGCCUUUGCAUGAAGGCAGCCCGCUGGGGGAGCUCCACCGCUGUGUCCGAGAUGGGGUAAAAAUCAACGUCCACAUCCGCACCUUCAAGGGGCUCCGCGGGGUCUGCACCGGCUUCUUGGUUGCAUUUGACAAGUUCUGGAAUAUGGCCCUGACAGAUGUGGAUGAGACGUACAGGAAGCCAGUACUGGGCAAAGCUUUCUAUGCAGAACCUCAGCUCUCACUAACCCGGCUGUUUGACAGACUCAAGCUUCAGGAUGCCUCUGUGAAGAAGGGAGCUGACUCAAAGACUGUAUCAGGGGAGCUAGCCCUGACAAGUGACUCUCAAACACCUGGAUGGAAAGUUGGAUCAGGACGAGGGAGAGAAGAAGAUGAACGUGAGAAGCAGAAACGCUUGGGCAGAGGUGGAGAAAAGAAGGUGCCAGGAGACAGUUUGCAUUCAGCUGUCAGAGGUGAAGCUGAUGUGGGCAGCGGGACUGCUCACACAGUGGGUGCCACUGCUGGUGGUACCCGCACGAGGAGCCAGGCACGGAGAAAAAGGAGGCCCAAAGUGGAUUAUCAACAGGUGUUCACACGUCACAUAAACCAGAUUUUUAUUCGAGGAGAGAACGUCUUGCUUGUCCAUUUAGCUCAUUGACUUGGCUGAGCCUUCGUCAGUGUAUUUAUUUGAUAGCAUGACUUGCUGUGGUAGCCCUCAUUACUAUUUAGCAUUCUUGUGAGUAUGGUACUGUGACAGGUUUCCCACUGCCAUAACAAGGGAAGGGAAGUAAUUCUAAUAGGAGUAUCCUGAGCUUACUGCCAAAGCAGCUUCCUUCAGUCUCUGCUGGGGGCCACAGGGUGAGGUCAGCAGCACAGUUUUACUCUGUGAGAUGAGGGAGACGAGCACAGAGCCCACUGCUUAAAAAGUGAACAGCUAAGUCAGGAAGGUUGGUAGAGAAUGUAAUGCUCUGUGGGAUGGAAAACCUCUCAGUUGAAGACUGUUCUUCUCCUGUUAAUGAUUGUGAGGAUUUAAUCUGUUUUCAGUGUCAAAGCUGAUGCUUCUAUUUGUAGUGCUGUGCUUUCGCCAUGCAUCACCAGCAAGCAGCUCAUAGAGCUGAUGGAGGGACCUCCACGUUUGGAGGACCCAUCUCUAAAUGCUGUGGAUGCAUAUGGAAAACUGUACUUCUCUCUUUCAUUUGCUUCCCGUUGCAAUAGCAAUAUCUGCAAAGUUGUGCUUUUCCUUCUCAGAUAGAAGUGUUCGUGCUGAGCACUUCAUGCUGUAUCUAAGCGCCUUUAAGUUCCCUCUGUUGAAACUAGAGGUGCUCUGUCUCCAGCUGUUCUCAUGGAGCAGAAAUUGUCAUGGCUCUUCCCUAUCUGUGUAAAAGUUAAACUCGGCUCAUGACAGAUCAGGCCGGGCUUCUGUGUAUAUAAACUGCUUCCCGAGAGCUAUGUACAAAAGUUUGAGGUAAAUAAUGCUGUUAAAUUACUUAGUCUGUUCUUCUGGAUGGCAGAGGAUGCUGGAUUUCACGCUACUGUUUCAGUUUUCAUACCAAAUACCUUCUGAUCCCAGCAGCUGUGGUGUGAAGAUGUGAAACUGCCAGGACAACAGAUAAAGCAGCUUUCUAGUGCUUUAUAACAGGUCUUGUAUUGCGUACAGAGGUCACAAGUCCUCAGGCUGAGCGAGUGUCCUCUUGAAUGAUGGAUUUCUAUUACACCAAAUGCAGCAUAUUGCUUGUCGUUAGGGGUAUGUCUGGUGCUUGGGUGAAAAGUUAUUUAGCAGGAGCUCCUGGACAUGCAGAGCAGCUUUACGCCUCUGGGGGAGCCUGAACCUUUUAUGUCAGCAUUUCAGAUGAGGUGGGGUUGGAUGAUCAGCGCAGCCACUGAGAAGCAAAUCAGAGUUCGGACUGGGACAAAAGUACCUCAGAUUAAGAAGUAUUGUAUUGUUCCCACCUCCUGUUGUGCUGUUGUUGGUGUUGAUGUGGUUGGCUAUUCCCUCACGUGCAGUUUCCUUCUCCUUUCAGCAGUUUCUCUCCCCAGGAUGUUCCUUUCUAACUCCAGUUUCAGAACAUUGAUCUCCUUACCCCUGGUGGCUCUUUCUGAACCUUUCCUGGUUGCCUUUCCUUGUACUUGCCAGCUGAACAGAAUCCUCACAAAUGAUUUGCAUAUGGAGCUAGAAACAAGGAACUUCUUUCUGCUCCUGACGUCUCAGCAACUUUCAUUACAAAUUACUGUUUUUCUUCAUUUUGUUUUCAGUUGUGUUUCUCUCUCCUCCAGUUUCUAACUAGUUUAUUUCAGCUGCAUGGGCCGUCUCUGCCUCUUCCAUUCAUGAAUGCCAAAGGCUGCUGGUUUGACACCUCUCCCUUUUCUCUCAUAGUUGACCAAAGGGUAUUUGUUAUAUCUCCACUCAGGCCUACGUGUCGAUACCCCAUUCAAUUCUUGUGGAUUAUCUUUCUAACCUCAUAUCCAUAUUUCUCUUUGUCUGCCUAUUUCAUCCUUUCUUAUGCAUUAAAUAAGAUACAUCUGCCUUGAGUGUUUGUUCAGCUUUUGUGCCACUGACAGACACUCCAUCACUUUCUACAGCAAAUCUCAGUGUUUCCUUUCAUAAAAGGUUUUUCUUGCAAUCUUACAAGUGUUUGUUGUUUCACAUCUGGUCAUUUCUGUUUCUAGAUUCCCUGACAAAUUCCGGUGCUCACACUUGCGUUGGUGCCUUGAUUUUUAUAUAGCCGACCUGUUCUUCCACAGUCAUCACCUCAGGCCACAAACCUGGUUAAGAACUAUACCAUGUUAUUUUUUUCCCCCUCUACCUCAUUAUUGAACUGUUCUUCCUCUUUUCUCAUUGCUUUCUUAUCCCUGAACUUGAUUAAAUUUCUCUUACACUUCAGCUGUAAUGGUUUGUGUGGUGGUUCUUCCUCUGUUUCCUAAUUCUUACCCACUUCUCAUUAUUUCCAAGCUGCUUCUUAAAUACAGCCUCUUCCAUUCCGAUCUCCUGCUCAGCAUAGUUCAGUAGGGAAUGAAGUCUGGUGGUAACUUUAAGAAGGGCUGAUUUGUUGGUGGUUUGUUUUUCUUUUGAAUUUUGAUAUAAUUCCGAAAUCCUUUUCUGAGUGGGAUUUUCAUGGCUCCGCAGCACAAAUACUUUAUAUGCUGUUGGGAAGUGAGGGAAGCAGUGAGAACCAGGCUGAACACCGCACUGUUAACCUGUACUUACGGCUACUGUUUUUCCUUAGGAAACUUUUACUCAGGUGCUUCAUUUAUAUCAAACACUUGAUAAAUGUGGGGGUGGUAACGGAACAGAUAAGGCCAGUGUUAGAAAGGAGCUUGUAGGCUUUUAGUCUCUCACCUGAUUAGUCUGGCUUGCCCAUUGCCUUGCUAAUGCUUACUAGAAAUGCUAUUUAAAAAUGAAGGGAUGACAGGAUGUAUGAAAUUAAGUGAUGCUGACUGAUAACAGAGACUGAAGGUCAUAUUAUUGUGGUUAAGGUAUUACAAACCAAAAGCCUUUUUUUCUGAAGGAUACUAUGAAGAUGCACAAAUGGAAAUGCACGAAGCCAGCAUAGGAAGAAGAGGGGAUAAAAGAUCCUUCCCUUGUAGUGCAGGAAGACAAUCUUCAUACAGAGGUAGUUAUUUCAAAGCUGGUUCUCCCAGCAUUUCCAUGCUUGAUGGGAGGUGGGCAUAAACAGGCAGGGCUGGCGGGAGGUUUGGUGCUCCUUGUUAGUUUGGUGCUCCUUGUUAUCUUUAUGGGGGUGCAGAAGGAAGGACUGCAGCAGCGGGGGAAUAUCAGAGCUGGCUCGUCUCAUGUUUACACGUCCUUUCAGAUGUCACUGUAAGUGCUCCUGCUCUUAGCUGGGAGAAGUGAAGGCCUGUCAGGGAAGGCAAAUGGCUUCUGAUGUUCCUGGGUGACUGUUUUAUUAGCUGCUACCUUCACAGUGUACACUCGGAUGACUUAGCUGAAGGAAAUUAGUACACCUGAGACUUUCAGUCAGUCUUGUAUUUGUUUAGAGUGAAAAGUAGUUUGAUCAGUUUGUGUAAAAACAUAUCCAUCUUUUUUGCCUCUCAAAAGAUCCGCGUUCUCUCUCUCAGGCAAGAAAUGAAAGCUGCUGCUGCUCCUUUAGCGAUUGCUUCUGAUUUGUGCUGCUUCAGAGCAGAGUGCAGCUGUGUCAUUGUACCUUCUGCCUGACAGAUCAUCCCGAGAUGAGAAAGUGAGAGAAGCGCUCCGUUUCUUUAACACUAAAACGGGCAUUAUGAGAGGAGCAGUUGUAUUGACCUCUUUCCAAACGGUGCAUGCAUCCAGUACAGCUGCAUGGACUGGGACUUGCUAACCAAUUAGUCAGUUAUAAAGCUUCCCCUGUGGAACACAAAGGGGCAGCACGACCUGCCAGACCCAUACGGGGUUGGAAGUCAGAUGCUGACAAAUUCCAGCCUCUCUACUGCCACUCACUCACUGAAUGGCCUUGGCACGUCACUUUCCUGUAUGCUCCACUGCUGUCAUCCAUCUAAGAGCAGUCCUUGCCUGUCUCACCACUAUCCAGGGGAGCAGCAAGCGCUACACGAGUGCUAAGUAUUGUUAUUAAAACUACAACGUGUCAGGGAAUGCAGAUACAUGGAUCAUCUGCCCUCUUCAGGCACUCGACUGUUAGCCUUGUGUCUCGGUACAUGGGAAGUGUGCCAGGCAUCAGGUGUAACGAUGCACUUCAGUUCUGGAAUUACUUGUGUCUUUAAGGUCAGAUUGGUGAUUUCGAUGUCUGUUUCACACUGCACCAUCUUUGGGUCAAACUGAGAAAUAAGGCUGUAACUUGUUUGUAAUUCCUUCUCUGUCUUCCUAUUUUGUUUCUUAGGAAGCCGAUGCUGCUAUGGACGUAUUGAAUAAUACCAAAUUUGCAAUAUUCUGCUUUCCAGAUAUAAAUGUUUAUAUUUAAAAGUGCAUAAGACUACACUGCAAUAAAUAAUAUCCAUGGAAAA